AGAGCACAUGAUAGUAGAUAAUCAUGAUGUCACGAAACACCAUUCUUCCAUGGACUUAGUGAGACAAUCAUAUGUUGACAAAAUGAAGUUGUCAUCGAUGACAUCUUUGCCUUUAUUUGGAAAUGAUCUAGAGAUUGCAAAUGUUAACAUGCAAUGUGCCAUAACAAAAAGUCUAACUUUUGCGAGUAUUGCCAUUGAAGGAUGGUCUUUGCCAGUUAGAUCUACUUUUCGAUUUACAGAUUCUCAAAAGGAUAUUCUUUUGAAAUUAUUCAUGGCUGGAGAAGAAUCUGGACACAAGGUCAGUCCAGAAGAUGCUGCCAUAGAAGUAAGAAAGAAGUUGUCUGUUACUGAAUAUGUAACACCACAACAAGUAAAGUCGUUAUUUUCAAGGUGGUCCAGGCAAUAUAGAGAUGGAAGUUUGGAAUAUGUUAGUUCAGUGACUGAAGGUACUGACAACGGCUUUGAUGAUGAAAUGCUUGCUACAGCUCAGAAUCAGGUCAUCCAGCAAACAUCAAAAGAAGUACUUCUUAAACUUGAAAAUACAUAUCAAGUUGAUGAAUGGAUAGCUUUGCGCUUUGGGAAUACUUGGUUUCCGGCUCAAGUUGUAGAGGCAGAUGAUGAGGGUAUUGUAGCAAGUUGUAUGCAUUAUGCCAUGGGCGAUGGAAACAAUGCAUUUAUUUUUCCAAAUCCAAAAGAUCAAGGGUUCUACGAUCUUGAUGAUAUUAUUUGCAAAAUUUCAGCACCAACUCCAAAGAAUAAUAGAUAUUUUUGGUUAACCUCUGAAGAUUUCAAAAACGCUAGCACAGGAUUUAUUAAUUAGUUUAUCUUACAUUAUCUUAUUACUUUUUUGUUGUUUCAAAUUUAUGUUGUUUUUUGAUGGUUUACAAAAUAUAAUAUAAUUUGUAAGUAAACAA